AUGGCGUCAGCUGCUCUAGAACUGAUGGGCUUCUUCAUGGGUCUGCUAGGCAUGCUGGGUACCCUGGUGUCCACAGUGCUUCCCUACUGGCGGAUAUCUGCCCACAUCGGGCCCAACAUCGUCACUGCCGUGACCAAUAUGAAGGGCCUCUGGAUGGAGUGUGUCUACCAGAGCACCGGAACAUUCCAGUGUGAGACCUACAACUCCAUGCUGGCCUUACCCUCAGACCUCCAGGCCUCCCGGGCCCUGAUGGUGGUGUCCGUGGUCUUUUCCGUCCUGGCCAUCGCCAUCUCCACCGUGGGCAUGCAGUGUACCAUCUGCAUGGAGGGCUCCGCGGCUAAAGGCCGAGUGGCCGGUACUGGGGGAGGCCUCUUCCUCACCGCGGGGUUCCUGGCUCUGAUCCCAGUGUCGUGGACCACCCACGAGGUUGUCCAGACCUUCUACCAAGCCAACCUGCACAGCAGCCUGAAGUACGAGCUGGGGGAAUGUCUGUACGUGGGGCUAGCCGCCGCCCUGCUCUCCAUGCUGGGCGGGGGGCUGCUGUGUUUCUCCUGCUGUGAGAAGGUGGAUGGGGGGCGCCGUGGAGGGAGAAGGCACGGCGGAGGGUACCCCUACCCAGCCCCGGGCAUGGGGGUACCCACUGGGCGGGCCAGGACCAGCUCACAGACCUAUAGGAACCCAACGCUACAGAUGGGGGUGAACGCUGCCACCAAGGCAGCGACCCUGGCAAGGAGUCACACCAGCACUACUACCCAGUCCAGCACCCCCGCCCAGGGGGCCAAGAAAGACCAACGUCGCAACCCUGCGGUGGGCUACGAUGUCACCGGGUACGUCUGAUCGUGUCCAGGCCAAUGUUAACAUUCGCACACACAUCACGCUGUCUCUUCUAUACAGUAUGUGGUGCAGAGAAUGACGACCCCGACAACGUGCUAAGGUAACUGAAUGUGUUAUCUUUCACAAUUAACUGAUCAGGGGACUUUUAGUGCCACACUACUGUAUAGGAAGACUUUUGUUCCUCACAAUGGAAAUCAGAGACUUGUAGUGCCUGACCAUGCAUACAGCACUGUAGUGACUGAACGAACUGAGAAUAUUUUAUAGAUCUUUUGGUAGAUUUACUAUUAAAAAUGGAUUUAUUGCAGUAA